UAAUUACAUGUUUAGAUCAUAAGUAAUACUCCUCAUCAUAUUCAAAUUUUCCAAAGAUGACGUCUUCGAAAAUGGAUGAAGAGCUGAGAAAAGCAGCAGUGAGAGGAGAUGUGGAAUUCCUUAAACAAUGCAUUGAAUCCAAUAAACCCUUCAAUUUCUACAAUACAUUCUUCCCAAGGGAAGACGACCAAUCUAAUAAACGCCUUUACGGCAAUAUCUUUCACAUGGCGGCCAUCGAAAACAAAGAAGAGUUUAUAAGAGAAGUGAUGACGAUGGGGGUUUUAACUCAAGAAGUUAAGCAGCAGCUCCUCCUUCAACCCGGGGACGAAGAAUACAAGUGGAACCCUCUCCAUGAAGCAGCCAAAGUUGGUAAUGUAGAGAUAGUAAAGAUGUUUCUAGACGUGUAUCGAUGCUUACCAACAUUACCAUCUCAUCUUUCGGAACGACCCUGGUUAUUGGAGAACUCCAGGGGAGAUAACCCUUGCUUUGUGGCUAUAUAUAAUAAACACAAAGAAUGUGCGCAUGAAAUUUAUAAAACAGAUCCGGAGUUGAUCUCUAAUAUGCCUAGUUUUCGUGGUUGCUCCUUAGUUUUCGAAGCCGUACAUGCUAAGAUGAGCAAGUUAGCUUUAGAGAUCUUGAGAUCCCCUCAUUUUGUUAAUUGCGGCAGCGAGCCCGAUAACUUCACGCCGUUCCACUCAAUACAUUAUAUCGAAGGCUCAGAGGGAUCAGAAGAAAUUUUUCGGGAAGUACUUCGAAGAGAUCAAGAGCUAAUUAGACAAAGAGAUACGAAUGGAGAUUUGGCAUUCCAUGUGUGGGCAUAUAAUGGUAAAAUUUGGCCAUUUAAAACUUUUCUAAAAUGUGAUGAUAUCAUCCAACAUGUAAAUAAGGUUUUCAUAGACUUGGUACCUUCAAAGGACGCAGAUGGUGACAACCUGCUACAUAACUUGGCUGACUGUGCCCCUUGUAAAGAUGAAGAUGCUAAAAAAAUAGCAGAACUUGUCAUAGAAGUUUACAAGAAAAAUUCAUCGAGCCUUUUAGAUGAUCAACUUCCCUGGUUAGUGAAAAACAAAGAUGGAGAAACACCUUUAUCAUUGGCUAUAGCUUAUAAGAAAGAAGAUUUUGCAAAGUAUAUAUUGUCGGUAAACGAAAAUGCAGUUAUUGAAAAUGAGAAGAAUGUUUUGUUCUUGGCUAUCGAGAAUGAAUGUCAAAUAGUUGCCGAGGAGAUAUUGAAGUUAGUAAAUAACAAAGGUUGGACUCAACUUCUUACGAAUGAUCAGAAGCUCAAUGUCUUGCAUCUUGCACCAUUAUGCACAGAAAACUUUUGUGCACAAUUGGUCAAAGGAUAUCCUGAAUUGAUUAAGAGAGUUGACAAAGAAGGAUCCACCAUAAUUCACAGUUGGAUAAAAAGUGAUAAAGAAUACUUAUUUAAAUUCAUGCUGGAGAGCAAGUGGAAAGUAUCAUUCGUCGAACUUAUUGAUGUUAUGGAUUACAAUGACCAAAACAAUCCUUUUCAUAUUGCCGCAACUACCACGCAUGAAGCAACAAUCCAAAUUGUACGUCUCCUUGUAGAAGCUUACAAAGAACAUUGUCUUAAUUUGGAAUUGUAUGAGAUUGGUGACUUUCCAUGGUUUGAAAAGAAUAAAGAAAAUGAAGGACCUCUACAUUUGGCAAUACGCAACCAACGUGAAGAACUUGCAUUAUAUUUACUGUCAUUACUUGAGGAUGAUGAUAUUAGUGAACUACUAGAUUAUUAUGAGCCGGAGCACAGUAUUUUGUUUCUUGCUAUACAAAAUAAUUGCCCUCAAGUAGCGGAAACUAUAAUGUCAAGAUUGGAUAAGGAAAAUUGGACCAAAUAUCUGAAGGAUCCCUCCGAUGGAAAGAAUAUAUUGCAUCUUGCAACAAGUUUAACAGAUGUGAAGUUCGGGACAUUCCUAGUUAAUGAAGCACCAGAAUUCAUCACCGAACAAGAUGAUGAAAAACAAUCACCUUGGGAUACAGCAUAUGAUAUUGGUCCAGCAUGGUUUAUUAAAGCUGUACUGAAAAAGGAUAAAUCUGUGUUCAAUACAGCACCAUUGGCUUGGAUUAAAGCAUGUGAGAAAGGUCAUGUUUCAGCUCUUCAUGCCUUCAUUAGCCAUAAUCCAGGAGCGUUUCGAGAUCUUUGUAUUAUACAUGAAGAUUCUCCUUUGCAUCAUUUGAAACUAUCAAGUUUAACGGAAUAUGAAGAGUUUCUCAGGAUUCGACACAUGAAAGAUCUUAUCAAUCUCCAAAAUUCUGCGGGAGAAACGCCUUUACACAAAGCAAUACGGAAAAAAGACAUAUUCCUAGCAGAAACGUUACUCAACAAGAAAAAGAUCCUAUACAAUAUCAACGACAGCAAAAAUGUAACUGCCAUGGAUCUGCUUGCACAUGCGUGCAAGAAUAAUGCUAAAGAAUGGGGCCUCAUGUGCAAAAGAAACGGACUUGAUCCACAGAUAAAAACAACUUACUUACAACAUAAGACAAAUUUGUUAGACGUGAGAACAUCACUAUUUGUAGUGGCAGCUCUGCUAGCAACUAUUACAUUUACUGCUGGAUUUACACUCCCGGGUGGUUUUAAUCAAGACACCGGUGAAGCACUUCUGGGAAAGAAGGCGUCUUUUUUAGUAUUUUUGGUAUCCGAUACAUUGGCUUUAUUUUUCUCAAUGCUCGUGCUGAUUUGCCUUACAUGGUCCAUGGUCUUCGAAACUAGUAAGUCAUUACUAUUGGUUGAUCGAAGCAUGGUGCUACUCAGGAUAUCACUCAACUGCACCUUACUGGCAUUUAUGACCGGAGUAUAUAUUGUUAUGGCCCCAAAGUCAUUGUGGGUUGCCAUUGUUAUUAUUGUCGUCAUAAGUUUACUCAUAAUUAUUUCAAUUGACAAGAAUUUCUUGUAUGAUAUCAUGAACAAGUUCCCUGCUGCGAAAAGGGAGUGUAAAGAUCCAUUGCACUUGGUCGAACUAGGGUACAAGACUCAGGAUGAGAUGGAUUCGUUGUUGAGUCAUCAUAGUAAGCAUAAUUCAAACCAAAGCAAUAAAAGCUCAAGCCGAUCAAGCAGAAAAACUUCAAGCCAGUCAAGCGACGAUGAAGGCUCGAAUGAUGAGAGUUCGGAUGAUGAGGUCUCCGCUGAUGAGGGCUCGAAUGAUGAAGUCUCCAAACUGAGCAACCAUGACAAUGAGCAGGAUCGACUGCUUAGUCCAGGGAAGAGCUCAAAUCAAGAUUGCAAAUCUGUUAAUAGCCUGCCUAACGAGGACUUGAAGGAGAAAAAAUAAACAACUCAUGCUAGACUUCGAAGGUUGCAAAUUAACAUGAAAUCUUUGAUGUUAUUUAUUACCAUGGUUGUACUAAAAUCUAGUGUACGUACUUACAUAUUGUACUUCGUAUUACAGUAUAUUUUUAUGUCUUCUUAUUCUUAUUACUUGAGUUAUUGAUGGAAAAUAUUUAUAUGAAUCCGUUUUGGAAACGUAUUGUUCAAGACAAGAGUUAAGUCAUAUAUGGUCUGCAUUAAUAUGUCUUUAAUAAGUUGAGUGCAUUAAAUGAGACAUUUUAAGUGCUGACUGGGAUUAAAACUUUCUAAUAAAUUUGUUUAAGCAUGUUGAUAUGACCUUUUAAUCAUAGUGAGCAUAUAAGAAGCCGCCAAGCAAAGAUGUAACUCCACUUGAGAGGUAUUUAUGAGGAGGAGAGUCUUGUAUUUCCUUUAUUGUACUUGUACUUUAUCGUCUAUGAAAGUUAUUAAGAUAAUUCCAUCCCUCGCUAGGAAUUAAAUACUUCAUCAUGUGCCCUCCGAAAAAAUAAAAAAAAAUAAAAAAUAAAAAAUAAAAAAAUAAAAAAACUUCGUCAUGUUGAAAAAAACAUGUACAUUUGCUUGUUAUCUUCUGUACUUUUAUUUCUCAUAUUCAUAAUUUACAAAGUAUAUUAUUGUCUUAUAUCCAGAUAGACCAAACACAAUACCUAAAUAAGUUUUUCCUCUUUAAUUCAUAACAACUUUAAACUAUACU